AUGACCAAAAUCAAUGAUAGCUUCAAGUAUCAACAGCAACAACAACGACCACAGCCCCAAAUUCCAAGACCCUUAAACUGCUUCUUGAUGUACCGUCUUGAGAAACAAAAGGAGAUCGUUGCCAAAUGUCCAACCGCAAAUCAUCGUGAUAUCUCCAAAAUCAUCGCUAAAUGGUGGCAGGAAGCAAGUGAUGAGGAGAAGGAACCUUUCCGUGAGAGAGCUAGAAUUGCAAAGCAAGAGCAUAACGCAUUGUAUCCAGAUUAUAAAUAUGCCCCAAAGAAGAAGAUGACUCCAAAGCGGGUUUACAUUCGCAGAAACAAGAAGCAGCAAUUCACCUCCCGUGCAAAGGAAAAUAAUGUACUCAUGGAAAUCAUUUAUGAAGAUCCUACUGCUUUGAAGCAUCUCUCGCCAUCCGACAUCAAGAGCAAGAAGACUACCAGUGCUCCUACACCAUCGAGAGCUUAUGAGCCUCUGUGCCCUGUAUCUGACUAUUCCGCAACUCAAGUCAACGUUGAAGGCGAAGAUGUCUGCUACAGCUCUUCCUGGUCUGCCACUCCUCCAAUGUCUUUUGCGUCCUACCACUCCUCUGUUACUACUCCAUUUGAUUCUCCUCAUGUGAGUCCUUACUCGGAUUACAGUGAGUUUGACAUUUCUAGCCCAGUAUCUUCUUGUGAAACUGCUGGUUAUUACUCUCCAUCUUCAACAACAACAGCAACGACACCUUUCUCUUGUGAUAAUCUCAACUGCGACAACACGCCCUUUAGUAUACUUGAUUCGCCUUUUAUCAGCGACUCAAACGCUUAUGCCACCGAUAUGAACUACGAUAUGGGAAUGAUUGAUUACUUUCACUUUGGUCAUUCCAACAUGGGCAACAUCAACAAUGUCUUUAAACCUGCCACCACUCAAGAAUUCAGCUGGACCGAAUCUUGUGAAGCUCUUACUACUACAGAGCAAUACCCAUUGUGUAAUAUGACGCAGCAAGUAUAUGAUCCUCCAGUCGAAUAUAUCAACCCUGCUCUUUUGCAAUUAAUUUAA